AUGUUGGAAUUUGGCGCCCACGACCCCCUUUACUUUCCAUUUAACUCUUACAAAGCCAAAAUCGAUCUAGAAAUGCGCAAUACCUACGUGCUGUCUUUUACACACCUUAAGGAUCAAUUCGAUGCCGAUAAAGCACUACAUCUGCUCCAGAGAGUAGCGUCCCUGGUGAAGCCUAUCCUGCGCAAGCGGGGAUGGGUCAUACCCGUUCUCUCCGAAUUUUAUCCAGAGAACCCAAACUUAUAUGGCCUUAAUGAAAAUAAGGGACAACAGAUACUAUUGAGGCUUCGACCGCCCAACUCAAAGGUCAUUCUUCUCCCAGAAGACCAAGUUGUUCAGACUAUGCUGCACGAACUCACGCAUAACGUGUAUUCCGACCACGACGACAAUUUUUAUAGAUACCUCGACGAUCUGAGGCUAGAAUAUAAAGGCUUGGAAUGGUCAGGCUGGGACGGCGAAGGCUUUCUCUCCGUUGGACACCUCCUUGGAAUAAACGAUCUCUCCACACAUCUACCCCCUCAGGUUGGACGAUUGAAGGGUUUGGAGGGGGCGGAAAACCGUGCAAAGGCAGCGCGCUUGGCUAAUUCUGCAGCUCCUAUAGGAGCUCAAAAUCGGAAAGCGAUAGUUGCAGCCAGAGAGUCGGCCGCACGGGCAGCGGACAAAAGGCUGAGAGAUUCAAAGGCGUGCGCAUCGGGCGAAGAAGCUCAACGCGAAGUGGAAAAAGCAGCUAAACAAAGCAUCACUUCCAAGCCGACGGAAACGAACAUUUCUUUUAGCCGCAAUCCCGGUCCAAGUAAAGUUACCUCUGACCUGAGGCCGGUUCCCAAGAGCUCUAAGUCACGGUUACUUACGGGAAACCUUGGUCUUGCAGAGCCGGUCAAAGUCAGACAAAACUCAGCUAUAUUACCUCCCUUAAAGGUAUCACCACCAGCAAGCUCGAAAGCAAACAAUCCAGGUAAAAAGGCAGAAUCUGAAGCCAAGGAACCAACCGAACAGGCAGCAGGACAAAGUCUACGAAGUACAAAGGAAUGUGCAUCUGAGGAAGAAGCACAACAAGAAGCGAAAAAGGCAGGUGUAGAGGAUGUCACCUACAAGCCCCAGGACGAGAUUAUUUCUUGCCACAGUUCUGGCAAAAUCAAGGAUUCCCCAUCUAACUCUCACCUCGCCGGUUCAUCUAGAAACCUUCAGUCUGAACUGCGGUCGGUUCCGAAAACUUAUAGAUCGAGGUUACUUACAGGAAAUUUUGGACUUGCAAAGCAGCUGAAAAUCGGACAAAAUCCAACUGCUUCACCUCUCUUGAUCAAAACACCACCUGCCGGCUCGAAGACAAACGAAUCAGGCCAAAAGGCUGUAUCUGAAGCCAAAGAGUCAGCCGAACAGACGAUGGAACAAAGCCUGCAACGUAUAGAGGCAUGUACAUCUGUCCAUGAAGAGAAAAUGGCGGCUCUAGAGGACGAUUCAAGCAAAGUCAAGGAUUUUGCACUCCGAUCUCUCGUUGGUUCAUCCAGAAAUUCUCAAGCUAUGCUGCGUCCAGUUUCAAAAGCCCUGAAGUCCAGAUUAUUGUCUGCAAACCUUGGACCUCCAGAGCAGGUGAAAGUUCGGCAUAAAUCAACUAUCACAAAAGCAAGCAAUGAACGAACAUUGGCGCGUGACACUACGGACGCGUACAUUGGCAUUAAUCACAUCACGAGGUUUUUCGUAACGCGACGACUAAUGAGGUUUGUCACCAUGAAGUUAUAG